UAAAUAAAUCAUUUCUUCUGCUCUUUCCGGAUACUCCUCACUUUCUUUUUCCCACACAAGCAAUAAUGAUGGUGAUGAUGACAACUACUUCCACAACUGCAACGUGCUUACUGAUUGUGGCGCCUCUGGUUCUGCUUUGGACAUGGAAGCUCCUGAACUGGGUGUGGUUGAGGCCAAAGAGACUGGAGAGGUUGUUGAGAGCGCAGGGCCUUCAAGGCAAUCCGUACAAGCUUUUGGUUGGGGACAGUGCCGAGAUGAUCAAGAUGAUGAAGGAGAAUGCUAAAUCUCAACAACCCACGAGUUCUCUCUCAGAUGAUAAGGAUGUCUCGCCACAUGUCUUCAUGUUUAUACAUCAUAUCAUCAACAAAUUUGGAAAGAAUUCAUUUUUUUGGGAAGGUCCUACCCCAAAAGUGAUGAUUACAAACCCUGAGCAAAUCAAGGAAGUCUUUAACAACAUCCAUGACUUUGGGAAACCUAAGUUGAGCCCCAUUUUCAAGCUAUUGGGAACUGGACUUAAUAGUUACGAGGGUGAGAAAUGGAAGAUGCAUCGAAAGAUUAUCAACCCUGCUUUCCAUUCAGAAAAAUUGAAGGUUAUGUCAUCGGAAAUUUUCCAAUGCUGUGAUGAAAUGAUUAGCAAAUGGGAGGAGUUAAUGUCUAAUUCAGAUGGAAAAUUUGAAAUCGAUGUUUGGCCUUUCCUUCAAAUUAUGACCAGUGAUAUUAUUUCUAAAACAGCAUUUGGGAGUAGUUAUGAAGAAGGGAAAAAAAUAUUCCAACUCUUGAAAGAGCAAACCGGACUUAUUAUGAAAUUACGAAACGUCUACAUUCCAGGAUGGCGGUUACUACCAACUACUACACAUCAAAGGAUGAACAGAAUUGAUAGAGAUAUACAAGCAUCCCUUAAGACUAUCAUUGACAAUCGAGUGAGAGCAAUGAAGGCUGGUGAGGUCCUAAACAACGAUUUAUUGGGCUUACUUUUGGAAUCAAAUAAUCAAGAAAUUCAAGAACAUGGUGGAAACAGAAAAAAAUAUGGAAUGACCAACCAAGAAGUAAUUGAGGAAUGCAAUGCAUUCUACCUAGCAGGGCACGAAACCUCAUCAGUUCUAAUGGUUUGGACAAUGAUAUUGUUGAGUAGAUAUCCUGAUUGGCAAGCACGUGCAAGGGAGGAAGUCUUGCAAGUUUUUGGCAACCAAAAGCCAAACAAUGAAGGGUUGAGUCGCCUUAAAAUCGUUACCAUGGUCCUAUAUGAGGUUCUAAGGUUAUACCCGCCAGUAAUUUACUUCAAUAGAGUCGCUCGCAAAGAUGUGAAGCUUGGAAACUUUACCAUACCAGCAGGAGUGAAUGUUUCCCUACCAAUACUCUUAAUUCACCAUGAUCGCAAUAUCUGGGGGGAUGAUGCUACUGAGUUCAAACCAGAAAGAUUUUCUGAAGGACUUGCAAAGGCAACCAAAGGACAAGUCUCAUUUUUCCCAUUUGGAUGGGGUCCUAGAGUGUGCAUUGGACAAAACUUUGCUCUCUUGGAAGCAAAGAUAGUUAUAUCAUUGAUUUUACAACGUUUCUCAUUUGAGCUUUCACCAACAUAUGCACAUGCUCCGAGGACUACAUUCUCUCUUAAUCCAAAACAUGGAGCUCAUAUCAUCUUACACAAAUUGUAGUGUGGUCCAAAAUUGUCUCUAUGCUUUCACCUAAAGGGCUAGCGCAUGAUUUAAUCUGUAAUAUGUUUGAACUAUGUAAACAUUAGUUCUAUAAGUUUAUAAGAAGUGAAAUAUUUUAGAAUCAAAA